GUGUAGGUCUCUUGAUUCUGUAGCCUGAAGACAUUUCCACUUAUGGCUCCUCGCUGUGACCCUGCUUUGUCCGUGGGGGGCGGGGGGAGGGGUUGCUUUUCUCCCACCAAGCCCAUUCAGUGUGCCCUCCCUCUUUUUCUGGCACACUCUCUUCCCCCUCUUGUGCGCUCGUCCGGAACUCCCCUCACACACCUGUCUCCAGCCGUCCUCUUCCCUUAGCCUGCAGCCCAUAUAAUCAGCCUUCUGAGCUGCCCUCUCACCUGCUCCCUCAUCUCCUCCCCACCUCCUUGCCUUGGUCCUGCUCUGUCCUAGCCUGCUGGGUCCCUGUCUGGGCCUCCCCCUGGGCUCCCAGCCUCGGAGAGGUGGAGCCACCAGCACAGGAGGCAGUUCUGGAAUUCAGGAUUCACACGUGGAUCCAACCUGGAUCUCCCCCCUGCUCCCAAGAAGGCCCAUGUCCUAAGGAGAGACAUCAGGUGGCCCGGCCCCCUCCCCCACCAAGACAGCCUGGGAACUGGAGGCCAUGGGCACAUCACGCUGCUCAUGUAGCCAGACAGUAGCACAAUCUUGAAUUUCAGGUCUAUAAAUCACCUGGGUUGGAGGGUGGGGUGCUCAUAAAUCUGUUUUCCCAUGCUGGUCGGCUUGCUUGACCUCUUGUCCCCUCCUCCUCCAGACUCCCUUCCUCCUUCCUGGGAGACUGGCCCAAGGAGGGGCCUGGGCAUAUAUAUAUAGGCAGCCACUGUGGGAGGGGCUGACCACAGAGGCUUUGGAAAGAGAAGGUGAGGAGGGGGCUCUGGAGGGUCUGGAUGAGCAAGGGAAAGUAGGAAGCUAUGAGGUGCAGGGAGGCCAGCACUGAGCUCUGGCCAAUGAGCCUCGGUUUCCUUGUCUGUAAAGUGGCCCGCCAUCAGGGUUGUGGGGAGAUUCAUUCAGCACCAGUCUGGGGCCAGCAGAGAGCCAGGAGCACCCCCGGCAACUGGGGUGUGGAGUGAGGCUGGUGGGGCUUCCCUCCCCUCCUGGCCUCACUCCCACUCAUGUGUCCCCAGCAGGACUAUGGCUUCUGCAGCAGCAGAGGCGGAGAAGGGGUCUCCGGUUGUGGUGGGACUGCUGGUGGUGGGCAACAUCAUUAUUCUGCUGUCAGGCCUGGCCCUGUUUGCUGAGACGGUGUGGGUGACAGCUGACCAGUACCGCGUGUACCCACUGAUGGGCGUCUCUGGCAAGGAUGACGUCUUCGCUGGCGCCUGGAUCGCCAUCUUCUGCGGCUUCUCCUUCUUCGUGGUGGCCAGCUUUGGUGUGGGCGCGGCGCUCUGCCGCCGCCGGUCCAUGAUCCUCACGUACCUGGUGCUCAUGCUCAUCGUCUACAUCUUUGAGUGCGCCUCCUGCAUCACAUCCUACACUCACCGAGACUAUAUGGUGUCCAACCCAUCCCUGAUUACCAAGCAGAUGCUGACCUUCUACAGUGCAGACACGGACCAGGGCCGGGAACUGACUCGUCUCUGGGACCGCAUCAUGAUUGAGCAAGAGUGCUGUGGCACAACCGGUCCUAUGGAUUGGGUGAACUUCACCUCGGCCUUCCGGGCAGCCACCCCGGAGGUGGUGCUCCCCUGGCCCCCAUUGUGCUGUCGGCGGACGGGCAACUUCAUUCCCCUCAAUGAAGAAGGCUGCCGCCUGGGCCACACAGACUACCUGUUCACCAAGGGUUGCUUCGAGCACAUCAGCCAUGCCAUCGACAGCUACACAUGGGGCAUCUCGUGGUUUGGGUUUGCCAUCCUGAUGUGGACGCUGCCUGUGAUGCUGAUGGCCAUGUAUUUCUACACCACGUUGUGAGGAACAGGAAGGCCGCAUGCACGCCUCGGCCUCUUCCUCCUCCUGUUCCUCUUUCCUCCGGCCGCGGACUGGAUGGCUGCCUCAGCUCUCCCCUUCCCACCUCCCUCAAGCUUCCCUCCUUCCUCACCAAAGACCUUUUCCCAGGUUUCUGAGCCCUGCUGGGACUUGGAGAUGCCCCGAAACCCUGGGACAUGUGUGCGUGGGCCCUUAGCCCUUGAUGUCAUUUCACUUUGCUGAUUCCUGGACCAUCUUUCAGUGUCAAUUUCAAGUCCUGUCCUCUGGGGACCCUUCCGGGAUCCCACCCACCCCAUCACCAAUGCCUCUCUUACAGCUCCCCAAGCUCCUCCUUCAUGGUAGAUGUUGGCCCUUAUUGCUAAAUAGUUUGGGGUUGUUUAUUCUCUGGUGGACUAGGGUCGCCAGGAAGGGAGGAACAAGCUCAUGGUCACU